GUCAUGUUUAUUGACUGAUGGCCGACAAUUUGCUGACAAAUUGUCAUUUCUUUUUUAAUGAAUAAAUAUUUUUGUACUCAGACUGACGAGCGAAUUCAAGGCUUUUUUAAGGUUCUGCAUCUCUUAUAAAAAACCUCGUCAUGGCUUCGAGCGAGGUGACGAAGCUUCAGCAGCACCUGGCGCUGCUGAAGGAGGAGUACGGGAAGCUGCAGAGCCACUGCGCUGAAGUGGAGCGCAAAUACACACUGGCUGCUGCUUCGGCCGGUGACCUAAGCGAGACGAGCUUUGUGGCGCGUCUGCUGAUGACAGUGGCCACUCUGUACGGCAGGGAGACGUACUCUGACAUUACUAUCAAGCUGCAAAGCAAGUCUAUGCCUGGUCAUAAGUUCGUACUGAAUGCACGAUCUGAUGACUGGAAUGAGGAAGCCCUUAGAAAUCUAGAGGAAUUAGACUGGACGACCCUCCCUGAUGAGAUAGGUGCUGCUCUUCUUAAAUGGCUAUACACAGAUGUAGUUGACCUAUCCCGAGGAGACUCCUUUGCACUUCAAUUGAUGAAAUCAGCUGCUGGCUUCAAGCUCCAUGGUUUAGUUGGAAAGUGUGAACAAGCCCUCAUAGCAACAGUAGGAGUAAGAUCCUGUGUAAAGUUUUAUUCAGCGGCUGAUGAGAUUGGUGCAUCAGCUCUGAAGGAGCACUGCUCAGGCCUUAUAUCUGCUCAUUGGGAUGAUCUCACAGGCGAGGACUUCGCGCACAUGUCAUCAGCGCUGCUGUACCGUAUGCUGAAGAGUAAGACAUCGCAGCCGCUGCACGGCGCUGUCAGACUGCUGCGGGAGGACGUCGUGUUCCUCUGCCUCGUCGAGAACCAUGCCAACUUAACAGACAUAGUGAACGCAAUGUCGACGCGCGGUGAGCUGCCCCUAGAGCUGGCUCUCCGGGGGCGAAGCUCCUCGAUAGCCACGACGUUGCUGCAGCACUGCGCAGACGCGGACGCAAGGGGCCCGCGCGGCCGCACCCUAUUGCACCGCGCCGUGGACUCCAGAGACGCCUUCUCCGCCAAGUUCCUCGUCGAUAAUGGCGCUGACCCUAGUCUAACUACCAAAGAAGAGGGUGACACUGCGCUGCAUUUGAUAGCAUCACUCACGUCCAGUUCGUGUGACGAAGAAACCAUGGAACAGAUGGCUGAGAUCGCUGAAGUGAUGGUACAAAAAGGAGCUGAUAUAAACAGACAAAAUCGAAAGGGAUUCACGCCACUCCAUCAAGCAGUGAUAGCUAGAAACCAAAGAAUAUUCGACAUACUUCUCAAGCAGCCGACGUUAGAUACCAAUUUACGGACUUUGAGUGACGAGCAUCCACCUCUGUACUACGCGCUAGUGGACGACAGGCGGGCGUCUAUAUCCUCCAGCGAGACUUUAGUAAUGAAUGGGUCCAACCCCUUCGAUACGCCGGUGACGAACAAAAACGCCUUCACAGAAGACCCUGUGGAGGGCAAAACAGAAAGUGUGGUCGAAAGAGGUUUCGCUGCCAAACUGCUGGAGAAAGGUUGUCAGCCGAACCCGCUGUAUUCGGGGGCUGGAGACAGUCUAUUACAUAUUCUUGCUCAAGGAUGGUUCGAGGAAUCAGCAGUGUUCCUGGUGUCCCACCUGAACGGUGAGCUGAACCACAGUAACGAGGCAGGCAUGAGUGCGCUACACGCAGCCUGCGCUAACGGGCUCGCGCGGCUCACUGCCGCUCUGCUGGAACAUGGGGCCAGGCCUAACUUGCAGACAGCGUAUGGAGAGCAAGAAGACACUGUUUAUAGACAAACGCCACUACACUUAGCAGUACUGAACAACCACGAGGGCGCAGUACUGGCCAUCAUAGAACAUAAGAAGCUGAUAGAGAAGGGGGACAUGCCAGCCACCGACCGAAGCAACACCAGCCUUUUGCCCAACCUUAACUUAAAGAAUUCCGAGGGAGACACACCCGUUAGCUUGGCGCUCACUGAAGGUCACAAAAACUUAGUGGCGCCGUUGAUCGAAGGCGGUGCAGAUCCCAACAUAAGGAAUGGCAAGGGAUUCACAUUGUUACAUCAAGCUAUUGUAGAAGAGGAUUCUAGGACAGCCAUAUACUUGCUCGACCAUGGAGCUGAUAUGAACGCACUCACGGAGGCCGGCGAGACUCCCCUGCAGCUGGCGAUUCACUGCCGGCUGGGGCUGGUGGUGGAGGCGCUGUGCGUGCGCGGGGUCGACAUGAGCCGCCUCGACGCCAACGGGGUGCCGCCGCUCUGGGCCGCGCUCGACUCCGGACAGGAGGAAGUCGCUAGUAUCCUGGUCAGGAAUGGUGCGGACGCAGACUGUUGGGGGCCAGGUCCUGACGGCUGCAUACAGACGUUGUUACACAAAGCAAUAGACGAGAACAAGGAGUCGCUGGCGAUGUUCCUGAUUCGGUCGGGUUGUGACGUGGAGUCCCCGCGACGUCUCGGACCGGCCGGCGAGGGCGCUGAAGUAGCCAACGAAAAACAUUCCCCACUACAUCUCUGCUGUACGUGGGGACUUACUGAUGUUAUACAGACUCUCUUGGAACACGGCGCAAACAUAAACUCUAAGGACGCGGAAGGCAAGACGCCCUUACACAUAGCGAUAGAGAACCAGCACGCCGGUAUCAUCACACUGCUGCUGUCACAGCCGGGCAUCGAACUGUCCGCGAGAGAUAAUAAGGGAGUGUCGCCCUUCGCGGCCGCGCUCACUGCUAGGAAUAACAAGGCAGCUCAAGCUAUUUUGGAGAAGAAUCCUUCAGCUGCUGAACAGGUCGACAAAAAGGGUCGUAACUUCCUGCACGUGGCGAUCCAAACGUGCGACGUGGAGAGCGUGAUGUUCCUACUGUCGGUGGAGGUGGACGUCAACUCGCGCGUACAGGACGCGACACUAGCGCCCCCACUACACCUCGCCGCCGCCACCGGGCACGAGGUGCUGCUUAGAAGUCUGUUACUGGCUGGAGCCAGGCCUAACGAUCGAGAUGCACACAAACGCACGGCGCUGCACGUGGCGGCGGGCGCGGGGCACGAGGCCAUCGUGUCGGCGCUGGUGUCGGGCGGCGCGGAGUGGGCCGCCGUCGACGCGGCCGGGGACAACGCGCUGCACGUCGCCGCGCGGGACGGGCACGCCGCCGCCGCGCGCGCGCUGCUCGCCGAUACAGACAUCGACGCCGCCGCCACCAACCUCAAGGGUAGAAAUCCACUGCACGAGCUAUGCUGGUGUAAAAAGGACAACGCGGCUACAAUCUGCGAAAUAUUCCUAGAAUUUAUGCCCGACUACCCGAUCAACAGGACUGACUUACAGGGUAACACACCGCUCCUAUUAGCCUACAUGAAUGGUCAGGGCGCGAUGUGCCGGGUCUUAGUGCGGGCAGGCGCAUGUCUGGCUCAGGAGAAUAAAGACGGAAUAUCUAUUUUCAACUAUCAGGUGGCUACGAAACAAUUGCUGCACCGCCUUCUAGAUGUUUUGCCAGCCGAGGCGCCCUGGGCAGAAAGCGAUUUGUGCCAGGAGUGCGGCACUAAGUUCACGCUCACCAUGAGGAAACACCAUUGUCGUCACUGCGGCCGUAUGCUGUGUAACAAGUGCUCCAACCAAGAUGUACCGAUCCUCAAGUUCGGUAUGAACAAGCCCCAGCGGGUCUGCGAGAUAUGCUUCAACGUGCUGCAGGUCGGCGCGAGUUAGUGACUGGAACUUACGGCAGCCGAAUAUUUGAUACAGCGUUUGUGCGCUAAUCCGAUCUCUGCUCCUCCCUGUCGGACGUAUUAUACCCAAAUCGACUUACUGGCGCGUGUCCAUUGAGUCCUCUCAUCAUGAGAACAAAUGUACUCAAUGAAAACACGUGCAAAUACGUCGGCUAUGUCGGCACAAGCGGGCUCUAUGCCCUAUGAGAACCACCCACUUCAUACACUAUCAGCGGUGAAAUAGUACUUUUUACUCUACUUAGUCAUAUGGCUAAAUAAGAAUUUUAUAAAUUUUAUUGCAAUAAAAUAUAAGUAAUAAUCCCGUUACUAGAACAAUAGCUCAUAACUUCGUUAGCCUUCAGAGGCUAAACAAUUUCUCCUUGCUUCUUAGUUGUUAACUUAUAUGAUUUCCCAAUAUUGAUAAUCUUAGAUUUUAAUAUAUAAAUGCCUACGCCUUUUGACUCGAUAAACGACAUAAAGCCACAGACAGCGUGACUUCUUGUCUGUGAAAGGAUAGAUAGCAAUAUGUUAUUUUGUACUAAAACAUUGAUACGAAGCUCAAUGUGAUUUAGUUAAGCUCGUAAGGUCACAGUUAACGUUUGGAGUAUACUAUGUAAUGCCUAGAAUGUAAUUUUUACAAGCCAAGAGCGCGUCCAUUAGAUAAUAAUGUAACGAAAACAUAAAAUUUGCUUAAAAUAGUGCCUCUACACUUAUUACACGACACAUGUUUAGGCUUCUUUUACAAAAUUAUACCAAAGUUUUAUGUGCUUUCUUUUCCGACAUGUCUAGCUUUAACUAAAAUAAUUAUAAUAUUGGUUUAUAUUAUAUUGUUACAUAUUAUUGUUCAAAUUUUAUAAUUCGUAUGAUCACACAUGAAACUGUUUCGAACUUUCGAAAAAUAAAACACUACUCAUCUCACAAUCGCUGUUUCAUGAUGUGCAUGAUGUUUAAAAUUCGUUCCCUAUUUUACGUGUGAUCAUUAUAAGGCCACAAUCUUAUUCAUAAAUACAAAUCAACUUCAGUCAUAGAAUAUUUCAGUCAGUUGCCAUUGACUAAAGUAUUCUGCAACUAAUGGGAUUAUUGAUCAUUUUUGAGUAGGAUGGUAAUACUUAUAAUAACAAAUAAGCAUUUUUCAUAAUUUUAAAGUCAAUUUUAAUUACUUUAGCUGUAGGAUUUUUUAUAGAAACUGAAAUGUAUUCUUUUAUUGCUUAGAAUAAGACAACUACGUAAUAUACAUUUACAUUUUGUAAAGGUCAUAUUUAAUAAUUUUUGGCAUUUGUAUUGACAUUCCGAUUAUUGUGCACAGGUUUAUGGAAAUACACUCUGUAUAAAUGUUACUAAAAUACUGGGUUUAUUUUAUUGAGUGCCAUCUUACUUGUGAUGUUCCAUAACUGAAAUUCUUAUUGAGAUUUAUUUUUUUAUUGAGUUAUUACGAAUUUAUUAUUUCUUGUUCAAAAUUUUAUAUUUGCAUUAAUAAAAUUAAUAAAAAUUAUGUAUAUAAUUAUGCAAAA